AUGGAUAAAAAGAAAGUUGUGGCAGCCGUGGGAGAUGAGAACGCCUUAUUUUUGUUAGGAAAUCAUACAAACCAUGAAUCUGAUGAGAUGGAAACCGAUGAAACUAGAAUAGAGACUCAAAAUAACGAUACUGUAACCUGCAUAUCAGACGACAGGGAUGAUGAAAACGUGGUGUUCUCAAGAGAAUCAUCACCUCUCGUAAGUAAAUCCACCUUGCUCUCAACAGAUUCUGAAGCUAUAAAAUUUGAAAAAUGUUCACAAGAGAAGAAACUUAGUAGACAAGAUAGGAUUGAAUUGGGGCGAUUGUUUCAAGGUGCAGUGAGUUCCCAUGAUUGGGAACUUGCAGAAAGUUUGAUCUCUUUAGCAGAUCCACAAACACUUAACGAUGCUUUAUGCAUUUCACUGGAUUCAAUCUGGUUUUUGAGCACCCAUCAUGAACUCGAUGGAAUCACUGCUUUAAUCAAAACCAUAAUCUCCAAUGGUGCUUCUGAUUUCACAAGAGCAGCAUUAAGAACUUCCUUCUUAGCUUCAUGUGUUUCCGCCUGUCAAAGCCGCACUAUGAGCCUUGCAGAUACCGUAUCCGUAAUGGCAAAACGGUUACAUGAACGAUUACAGGAGUGUAAUGGGGAUGAAGUGUUAAAAGCCGAAGCUGGUGCUAAAGUCCAGAAGUUCACGGAAUGGGCUUUGAAAUGUAUAGGAUUCCAUUCCCGUUGUCAAGGGAAUAAAGACCGAGUGAAUCAGAAUUCCGCUGCUCAGGUUCAAUUACAGUUGUCAGCUUUCAAGACUUUCUUGGAUCUUGCUGGGAAUCAUUUAACAGGGAAGGAUUUCACAGAAGCUUUCGAUGCAGCUUGUUUUCCUCUUACUUUAUUUUCUAGUUCUUUUGAUCCUGGGUGGGCAUCAGGUAUGUCUGCAACUGCAAUUCAAGGGUUGUUGGCCAUGUUAGUAGAAGGUGGCGCCGAUAAUGUCAAUCAAUGCUUUCUAGAAGCUUCAAGAUUCGGAAGCACCGAGCUUGUUCGCAUCUUAUUGCAAAUUGCUCAAAGAAACAGCUUGGAUGUAGACGUUGAUUUAGCCCUAGGAUUCGCCUCCCACUACUCAAAAAUCUCCACCAUGGAAUGUCUAGUUGAAGAAGGAAACGCGAUGGCUUUCCUGGGCCCACUAAUGAGAGCUGCCGAACGUGGUUGCAUGCAGGUGGUCCAGUGGUUCGUGAAACGAGGCUGCCGGGACAUGGAACUGUGUCUAGCCCUAACCGCCGCCACCUCCUCCAGCCAAGUCGAAAUCGCCGCCUAUCUCCUCCCUCACGUCCCCCAACACGUCCUGGCGGCACUCAGCAUCGAAAUCCUCAAAGCCGCCGGAGAACGCUCCGGCGGCUCCCUCGAAGGUGUCGCCUUCCUCCUCCAAUCCAAUUUCCUCGGUGACCCUGCCGCCACGUACGCGGUGGCGGAUUCGAUUUUGCGGUCGGAUGACGACUCGGUGGCACCGGAGCUCCGGGAGUUUUUACAGGAGGAGUGGUCGGAGGCGGCGUUUUUCGCCGGAGUGAGCUCCGGCGAGGUUCAUUACUUUAAUUUUGUUAGUAUUUCAAAGUGGGGUGAGUCUCCGAUUAGUUUGAUGGAUUUACCGGGGCCUUUGAGGGUGGCGAUUGCGUAUUUACCGCUGUAUAGAGAGUGUGUGAAGGCGGGCGGUUGUUUGUUGUCGCAGCAGCUGAGGGGGCGGUUGGUGGAGGCGGUGAAGCGGUUGAGUGGGGUGGUGAUGGAGGAGGCGGGACAGGGGCGGGAGCUGUUAGGGAUCUUGGAGCAACACCUUCCUCCAUUUUUGUUGAAGGGAUGAUAAUGAUGAUGAUGAUGAUGAUGAUGAUGGUGGUGGUGGUGGUGGUGGUAAUGAUAUGAUAUGAUGAAAUGUGUUGUGUUUUAAGAAGUGAUGAAGGAAUUUUGGAUCUUUGUGGAUCCUGUUGAAUGAAUGAAUGAAUGAAUGAA